AUGACAGUGGCGGAAGGAGCAGGUGCGCCCGCAGCCCAUCCCUGCAAGCAGCUCCCGGGGAAGGAGGUGAAAAAGAGCUACGAGAAGUACAGGUUUUUUAGCUCCGCGGUCGCCGCGGAGGAGCUGGGCUCUUGUCGGCGCCCCUGCGAGGCGGGUCCCCUCUUCUGUCUUACAGCUUUAGACCUCCAGAGUAUCAACUGGCAGGUGACCUCCAAUAAGCAGGCACAUCACACAGACAGGUUCUCGGGCCAGCAGCUCACCUUGCGCAGAGGCCAACCCUUCAGUUUCUCAAUGGUCUUGAACCGAAGUCUUGGCAGUGGAGACAAUCUGGUUUUCAUAGCUUCCACAGGGCCUAACCCCUCAGAGUCAGCCAAGACAAAGGCUGUGUUUUCACACUCCAAUGGGAGGAGUCGCAAUGGCUGGAGUGCACAGCUCGUGUCCAACACGGACAACGUGCUGACCAUUUCCAUCUCCAGUCCUGCCAACGCGCCCAUCGGACAGUACACACUGAGCGCCCAGAUCUCCUCCCAGGGCAAUGAACUUAUUCGGAAACUUGGGACGUUCAUACUGCUCUUUAACCCUUGGUCGCAAGAGGAUGGUGUCUUUAUGAGUAAACAAGCUGAGAGAGAGGAGUACGUUCUGGAAGAUGCUGGCAUCAUCUAUGUGGGGAACACCAAACGAAUUAGCAUGGUUGGCUGGAACUUCGGACAGUUUGAAGAAGGCAUCCUGGACAUUUGCCUCUCGAUCCUGGAUCACAGCCUGAAUUUCCGUCGUGACCCUGCUACCGAUGUGGCCCGCAGAAGCGACCCCAAAUAUGUUAGCCGAGUGCUGAGUGCAAUGAUCAAUGGCAAUGAUGACAACGGUGUGCUUUCUGGAAAUUGGAGUGGAAACUACACAGGUGGCCAGGACCCACGGAAGUGGAAUGGCAGUGUGGACAUCCUCAAGGAGUGGGAAAGGUCUGGCUUCAAGCCAGUCCGAUAUGGCCAGUGCUGGGUCUUUGCUGGGACCCUCAACACAGUGCUGCGGUCUUUCGGGAUUCCCUCCCGGGUGGUCACCAACUUCAACUCAGCUCAUGACACAGACCGAAAUCUCAGUGUGGACGUGUACUAUGAUGCCUAUGGGAGACCCUUGAAAAGGAGCAGUGAUAGUGUGUGGAAUUUCCACGUCUGGAAUGAAGGCUGGUUUGUGCGGACUGACCUGGGCCCCUUGUACAAUGGAUGGCAGGUUCUGGACGCCACCCCCCAGGAGAAGAGCCAAGGGGUGUACCAGUGUGGCCCCGCGUCGGUUUCCGCCAUCCGGGAGGGUGACGUGAACCUGGACUUCGACAUGCCCUUCGUCUUCGCGGAGGUGAAUGCCGACCGCAUCACCUGGAUCUAUGAUGUGCACAGCAACAGACAGAAGCAGAAUUCCUUGGACACUCACAGCAUCGGCAAGUACAUCAGCACCAAGGCGGUGGGCAGCAGCUCUCGCAUGGACAUCACGGAGAAGUACAAGUAUCCAGAAGGUUCCAGCCAGGAGAGACAAGUGUUUGAAAAGGCUUUGGGGAAACUUAAACCUCACCCAGCUUUUGGCGCAACGUCUGCGAGACACGUGGAAGGAGAGGGAAGGGAGCCCAGCAUCUCUGGAAAGUUCAAGGUCACCGGCAUCCUGGAGGUGGGCAAAGAAGUCAACAUGGCCCUGAUACUCAACAACCUGACGAACGACAUGAAGACGGUGACCGUGAACAUGACAGCCUGGACCAUCGUCUACAAUGGCACGCUGGUACACGAAGUGUGGAAAGAAUCUGUCACCAUAUCCCUGGAUCCCAAAGAAGAAGUACAGCAUCCCAUGAAGAUUACAUAUGCUCAGUACGAGAAGUACCUGAAGGCAGACAACAUGAUCCGGACCACCGCCGUGUGCCAGGUCACGGACGAGGCUGAGGUGGUGGUCGAAAGGGACAUCAUCCUGGACAACCCCAGCCUGACCCUAGAGAUGCUGGACCAGGCCCGGGUGCAGAAGCCCGUGAAUGUGCAGAUGCUCUUCUCCAACCCACUGGAUGAGCCGGUGACAGACUGUGUGCUGAUGGUGGAGGGCAGCGGCCUGCUGCUGGGCAGCCUCAGGAUUGACGUGCCAACCCUACGCCCCAAGGAGCGGUCCCGGGUGCGUUUUGAGAUCCUGCCCACCAGGAGUGGCACCAAGCAGCUGCUCGCCGACUUCUCCUGCAACAAAUUCCCUGCAAUCAAGGCCAUGCUGUCCAUCGAUGUGGCCAAUUAAAGGG